AUGGCUCGCGUCGAGGCAAUAGUGCAAGCAGAAGUUCCCCAGACUUUAGACAACCUUGCCCAUAUAGCAUACUCCUACCUUUUUCAUGAUCUUGGUGAAUACUUCAAAGCUAUCCUGAGGCAUUUUAGGGAAAUGGCUGCAGCGUUGAAAAGCCAAAAACAUCCAUUCAACGUAAUAUUUGCCCUCCUGCUUGAAUUGGAACAGCCAUGUCUUGGACACACUCUUUCCGUCUUGCAGGACUGUCAGUCGACAAUCUUCCGACAGAAGCUCGGUCAUUUCAAUCAGAUGACGGUAGCAGCUGAACUUACAAGAUUGCAAUCCAAAACGGAGCUUCAAGGCAUAGAAGCUACGACCCAUUACCUGGGACUUCUGAAAGAGGCUGAGCAUACAGUUGGUGCUACAUGUCCACAGACUCUCGAAGUCCGCUUGGGUCUUGCAUGGCAUUAUUUGCACAUUCAUCACUGGGAGAAAGCUGGUCACACUGCCCAGGUGAUCAUCGACUUGGUUAUUCAUAGUGACCUUCCAACUUUACAGUAUAAGAGCAUUGCUUAUUAUCUUCAUGCCAUAUCUUACUUCGAAAGAUCACGGCCGGAACGCGCUGAGUUGAGUCUACGUGAGGCGAUUCGUCUUGCAGCCCAGACUUGGGGAUGGCAAGAUAGUCGUGUGCUGAAAUACAUGUCUGUUUUUCAACACUGGCUCCUCGAAUGGAGAAGGAUUGAUGAAGCGCAACAACUGCUGCAGACUAUUGAGACCCAUGUAGCUUCGAAGCAAGCCCGAAUUCACGAAUGUCGAGCUUUUGAGCACUUACAAAACAAUAUUUAA